CAAAACCUCACUCAAUCCCCCGUUUCCUUUCCUUUGAUCUUACCAUCAUAAACACUUUACAUUACAUUGAAAACUCAAUACUACACUGUCAAUUUUAACUACGCGAUAUUUAACAACUACAAACCUCAACCUUACCAACUCCAACUCACUACAUAUCAAGAUGGCUCGCGGAACCGGUGUUCAGUCUAAGGUCCACUACAAGGGCAGCACCGACGACUAUGUCGUCUUCGUCGAGGAUCCCGCUAUGUUGAAGAAGUGGAGAGGUGACAAGACCAUCGCGCUGGUCGAGGUGGUCGACGCAUUCAAGGUCUUCACGACCGGCAAGCAAGGUGCACAGGGCGAGCUCAACACGGCUUCCAAGUCGCAGCUUGAGAACGAGUUUGGUACGUCGAAGGAAGACGAUGUUAUCCAGAAGAUCUUGCAGGAGGGAACGCUCCAGGAGACUGAGGCUACCGCCAGGCAAGGCAUCACCAACGAGACGAUCGGUGUCCGUGGUCCGUUCUAGAGCACUCGCUGCUGUGACGGAUGAAUGUAUUGUUAUGGAUGAGUUGAGAGGCCCGUCCGUCGGGGCUGGGGAGGAUGAAGGGAACCAAUGAUGAUCGGUGCAUAUGAGGCGUGACUGGAACGGCACCGGGAAUAGGGACUUUUGUGAUGGUAGCUUAGCUUUAUUAUGGCUAUAGUACCUCUUGCGAGGAAUAGGGAA